AACAUUGUUCUCAGAUUGAAUACUGGAGUGUACACAGCUUCUUAUCAUCGAGCUGAAAAUUGUAGUGGAACAUAUUCGUAGAUUAUUAAUAUUAACAGAAAAAAUGCUUGGAGCAACUAGGAGAAUUAAAAUUCAAUUGAAAAAUUUUCGUUAUUUUUCUAAUUUUAAUGUUUCGAUGGCAAAUUUAACCAGAUCGGGAGUGUUACUUAUCAAAGAGGAGGUCAAGAGAGCUUUGGAAAGGAAUGAUCCAGUUGUAGCCUUGGAAUCGACUAUCAUCACGCAUGGGCUCCCCUACCCAGAUAAUGUCAAGUGUGCCAUGGACGUAGAGAACGAAAUUCGCCAGAAGGGUGCCAUUCCAGCCACCAUUGCUAUCAUGGACGGCGUCAUAAGGGCCGGUCUAGACUACGAACAAAUGGUGUACAUCGGAAACGUGGAAAAAAGCAAACCGAUAAAGACUUCAAGGCGUGAUUUUCCAUACGUCAUCGGUAAAAACAUGAAUGGUGGAACGACAGUCAGUGGAACUCUAAUAGUAGCGAAUGCUUUAGGCAUUCCUGUAUUCGCUACAGGAGGAAUCGGAGGGGUGCACAGAGAGGGUGAGACGACCUUCGACAUUUCGGCAGAUCUCAUCGAGUUAGGUAGAUCUAGAGUGGCUGUUGUUUCUAGCGGGGUCAAGUCUAUCCUAGACAUACCGAAGACGUUGGAAUACCUGGAAACCCAAGGAGUGUUUGUUGCCACGUAUGGUCUAACUCAAGAUUUCCCAGCAUUUUACAGUCGCAAAAGCGGUUCCAAAGCACCCUAUUCAGUUGAUAAUCCAACAGAAGCUGCAAAGAUAAUUCUAUCCAGCAAAUUCAUGAAUCUGGAAUCCGGAAUGCUUUUCGCUGUUCCAGUUCCUGAAGAACAAGCGUUGGACGAAGACGAAAUCCAAGGGGUCAUCGAGAAAGCCCUGGAAGAUGCCAAGAAAAAAGAGAUUCGUGGAAAACAAAUCACUCCCUAUCUCUUGCGGAAAAUUUGGGAAAUAACCCAAGGGAAAUCAUUGCACACUAAUAUCGCUUUAAUAAAAAACAAUGCCAGGGUUGCUGCAGAAAUUGCCGUGGAGUUGAAAAAUUUGGAGAAGAAAGCAGAACCAAAAUCAGAUGCACUCCCGAGGAAAAGUGAAGGAAAAACUGAUGGAAUAGUGGUCAUUGGUGGUUCAAAUCUGGACCUCUGUGCCAAACUUGAAUGUGACGACAUGAAGCUGGACGGUAGAAUGCAUCCCUCCAAACUUUCAUAUGUAGCAGGAGGCGUGGCAAGGAACAUAUGCGAGGCCCUGACGAAAAUGGGAAGUUCACCAGCAUUUAUAACAGCUGUUGGAGAUGACGAACCUGGAAAACUUCUCCUAUCGUUGAUGCCAGACAAUUUAAAAAGAAGUGCGCACAUAGUGAAAGGCAAGAACACUGCCCAAUGUGUUAUCGUAUUGGAUUCUAAGGGUGAUUGUUCUCACCUACUAGCAGAUUUGGAUAUUCAUAAGGAAAUUACAGCGGAAGUGCUAUAUAAAGACGACAGUAUCUUAAAGAAUGCAAAACUAAUUGUUCUUGAUGCAAAUAUCACUGUAGAAAGCAUGGAAAUUAUUUUAAAAUAUGCCACAGAGCAUAACAUACCGGUGUUCUUUGAACCAACAGAUGUGGUAGUGUCAGCAAAACCGUUUGAGACUAGUUAUUGGAAAUCGGUGAAAAUAAUUACACCAAAUAUCAAUGAACUGAACUUUAUAGCUUCAUUUCUCAAACUAAGGUCUUCAGAGGAAGAAUUAAAUUCCGGAGAUACCAAACAAAUAGCUGAAGUAGCUAGAACGGUAGCUUCUUACAUAGAUAAUGUUAUAGUCACCCUAGGAUCGAAUGGAGUUUUGAUUGCCAGAAAUGCAAAAGCAUCUGAGCCAUUUUUACUAGGACAAACAGAUAAACAUAUUCAAGUGAGACAUUAUCCAGCAGAAAAUGUUGAAAACAUUGUAAAUGUCAGCGGAGCUGGGGACUGUUUUGCUAGUGGAUUGAUUUUGAGCACGUUGAGAGAACUUUCUGAAGAGAAAUGCAUAUCAAUUGGAUUUUCUGCAGCUAAAAAGACUCUGCAAUCACCUUUUACUGUUGCUGAUGACAUGGCCAUUGAAAAUAUUAGAAAUUGGGAAAAAUGUGCGAUAUAUUAUUCAAUUUAAAGAAAAAUAACAAAUUAACUUCAUUGAUAAAAAAGCUUUGGAAGAAAUAUAUGUAAUUCAUAUUUU